AUACUAAGCAGCAUAGCUGACAACUGGGGUGGCAAAACAUAAGAAAAUUUGAUUAUUUACAUCAAAACAUGUACAUUAUGAUUUGGGAAUUUGUUAGGGUGUUUAUCGUUUACUUAACUGUUUUACAAUGACGUCCAUUGAGCGUAAUGACUAACAGUUGCCCAGAUAAUAGGAGAGACUGCUCGGCUGGUUUACUAUUGUCUGUGUGUGCGCACACACGUACCAAUUGAGCAUUUGUGUACAAACACUUAGGAUAAUAGAUGCUGGGCAGAAGAGCUAGUCAGCGUGGAUAAGAUCACAAGAGGAAUGAUUCAGGAAUACAAGGACCAGAAAUACUUUAAGCGGUAAAAACUCAACUGAGAACACUUAAAUAACAUCGUAAAGCAGGGUGACAGGAAGUGACUGCGCAACUUUAAUACACUGAGCAUCUUUGCUUCAGCUCACUAUUCAGCAUCCAGCUCUCCGGAUAAACUCCAUCAUCAUCAAGGCCUUAUAUCUACUUUGAUAUCAAAACAUGGCGACAACAAAAGGAUUCACAGUGGUCAACUCCACCUUCUCAGAAUUAAAUAUUUCACUCGCACUGACUACCUAUCAUCCGACGGGGGCUUCAGAGAUCAGCUGUUUUAUUGAUCCCCAGCUGGCGUUUAUUGUGGCCGCUUCUAUUGGAGCCGUCAUCCUGAUCUUACUAAUAACCACCAUAGUGUUGGCAUGCAACAUCUCCAAACUGAAACGUCACAACCUGGCCCCUCGUCAAUCUCGAAGCAACGCAGAUCUAGUGAGCGGUGCGGGCUACUGGGGAACGGAGAGAAGAGAAGGAGGCAUCGUGGGUCCGUGUGAAACCAGCGUUCUUCUUGAGGAUGUCAAGACUGAUGGAGAGGAAGAGGAGAUCCAGGAUGAGGACGCAGGGCCGAGCCAGUAUAUCUCUACUACAAACAGCUCUCAAAACAUUGAAAGUGUGCCAACAACUAUCCAAAGCUCAGCAUCCAGGGAAUCCUGCAUAGAUCCCAUAAACUUGGAGCACAUGCCUCUAAUGGUGUAAAGCAAGAUGGGAUGUUUUUUUUUAAAUAUAGGGUCAGAUCUGGAGACAAUAAGCGUGAUAUGGUAUCUGUGGCUGAUUCUAGCGGUGGUAUAUUUUGACCAUUUUUGUUCGUUUUUUUCCUUUUCUUAUACUCAAAAAAAAUCCUGUAGUUUAGUUUAGCAGUGACUAAAUAUAUUGUGGUAACAAAAAGACAAAAUUAUAAGCUUCAUUUAACACAUAACGUAGUUUAUAACAUGGAACUAACUAUGAACAUCUGUUAAUUCUGGCAAGGACAUUACUUCUAAAUGAAAGAAAAUCUAGAUUUAAUGAGACACAUGCUCGGUAAAUAACAAUAUGACAAUUUUGCAAACAAAGUGUUUUUGCAGAUAAUUAAAGCUGAAAUUUUUCUUAUGUAAAUCCUUUCUCCUAGCCAAUUUCUAUGUGCAUAGGCAACACAAACUAAUUCAUACACUUGAAAAAAAUAAUGGUGCUUAAAAUAUUCUUUACAGAGAUCCUAUAGAAGAACCACAUUUGGUAUCUCAAGAAACCAUUCAAGUCAAAGGUAGAGAUGCACCGAUAUAUCGGCUAAUAAUUGGCAAAAACGAAUUUUUUACACUAUCGCUAUCAUCCAACAGACGCUAGAUAUGAACCUGUAAAAACUUUUAAAGAAACAAUGUAAAGAAACAUCACUAGUUUAUUGUUCACUAUUAAAGAGCACCUAUUUCAUUGCAAAAAAAUUAUAUUAUUUUGUGUAUUUGGUAUAAUACAAUGUGUUUGUGUGGUUUAUGGUUAAAAACACAUUAUUUUCUACAUAUCGUACAUUUUUGUAGCUCCAGAUUUCACUAUCUUCCUGAAACGUACAGAUUUGAAAAGCUUUGUGUUCCUGAAUGGCCAGCUAAUCUGUACGUCAUGAUUGGCCAGAAUACCUCUGAUGUCAGCCGGAAACGUGACGCUCCUUACUAUGUUUGAAAGAUUCAGUUGAUAACAGGAGUUAACCUACAGGCUGUGAGUCCAAGCGGAAGGAAUUAUGAUAAUGUCGGUCUUGUCUACAUCACCAAUCCCAGGAAGUAAACUGUUGCCUACAAUCCGUGUGUUUGUUGUAGUCCAAGAAAAUAGAUUUACAUUGGAGAUGAUAACUUUGGAGUGUGUCAUUGUUUACUUUGGGGUAUGUACCUUUUGCAUAUCCUUAAAAUGUACUAACACACACUUUCACACCAAAGGAAAUAAAGGAAAUGUAAAAUUGUGAAUUGGACAAUAGGUGCUCUUUAAUGGUUCUUAUGACAAUUGUAAUCUUCAGAAUGUAGUUAAUAUAACUACCAAACUAUCGGUAUCAGCAGAUAUCAAUCUGAAUCAUCGUUUUCGCAAAAUAUUUUUUUUUAUUAAUUUCUCUUUUAUCAUUUCAUGAAAAUGCAUUAUUUGUACAAGGCACAUCCAAUUCAUUUGAAUUUUCCUUUACAUUUCCAUGAUCAGAAAGGAGCAGAUGGAAGAAUAUUAUUCUUAUAUUUUAUUGGUGCAUAUCUAGCAAAAUAGUUCUUAAAAGAUAAAAACUAAGAAAUUAAUAUCAGUACAACAAAGAACCUUUUUUUAAAAAAACCAAAUAGGUUCUUCAUGGAACCAUUUAGCCAAAAACUUUUCCUCUAUGGCAUCGUGAAGCACCUUUAUUUUUGAGAGUGUAAAGGGCUCCUUAUACUUCUGCGUAGGGCCUACACCAGGGCUAUUCAAAUCUUACCCUGGAGGGCCGGAGCACUGCAUAUUUUAGCUCCAACCCUAAUCAAACUUAACCACCUGUGAUUGUCUAGUGAUCAUGAAGACCUUGAUUAGCUUGCUCAGGUGUGUUUGAUCAGGGUUGGACCUAAACUAUGCAGUGCUCCGGCCCUCCAGGGUAAGAUUUGAAUAGCACUGGCCUACAUAUAAAAGCAACAACCGAAGUAAAAGCAACUUGCCCAGUAAACCCACAAAUAUAGAAGAAGCUUGUGUAUGUUAUUUGAGAAGAACAGCAGUGGAGGAGGUAAAUAGAUAGCGAAUAUUCUUGCAGUUUGAGUUAAAUAUCUCAACUUGGGCCAUCUUUGUUUUAAUCUCAUAAGCAGAAAUUCGUGUGAGGAAAUGCGGCACAGAUCUUUUUGACCUUAUGGGAGGGGUUCUAGCAGACCAAUCAGAGCAUUUGCGGUUCGUGUAGCAUUGACACGCUGUAUCAUUUUGGGACGUCAGGCUAUGCCAUAGGGUACUUCGUAGGGUUCGAGUCUCUGUGUAGGCUAUGCCGUUCAAUCGACGCAGAAGUAUAAAGCCCGCUUUAGUCCCCAAACGGUGUAUACAUCAACCCUGCAGUAAAAAAGCAGCUAGAUGAUGCAACAUUGGCUCAACCAAAGGGUUUGGGAAAAUCUGGACAACAGUGGAAAUAAAAGGUGUGUCACUUUCUUCCAAUAUUAUAAUUAUAACAUGAUUUAUCCAGUAAUGGCCAAGAAGUUUGAAAGCAGUAUAGUACUUCAUAUACUUUAAGACCUUAAACAUAGUAAAGUUCGCAUGAUUUGCCUUGAAGGGCCUUGCCCACCCUUGUCAUUCUCUGAGCUCCUUAUUUGUACUUCAACGUAAAAUAAAAUGCUAACGAUAAAGAAAACAGUGUACCUACAUUUUUUUUUUCAGAUAAAGAACUGUGUUUUAUGCGUGUAUUCUUUCUCUAUCACAGUUACAGAUAAACUCAAUUUCUAAGCUUUACAUUUAAAAGAAAAUUUAAAUUGAAAAAGGAACUUCUUAGAAGGAUUACGAAAACAGAGACCAAAUGAGAUCAUUUCCCCUCACAUGACUUUUAAGCUGCUAAAUAUAUUCUUACACUUUAAGAUAAAUGUCAAAAUUCAUAAUGCUUUCCUCCUUGCUCUUGUUAUGAAUAAAUCAACUAAUAAACAUUAAAUAAUGGAGCCACAAUACUGAUGCAGUUUUCGUUUGCAAACCCAUGCUUUCACACGGUUACCACAGACUCUUUCCUCAAAGAUAAAAGUUGUAUUAGCACAAAACGAACGCAACCAUUUCAUAGCUUUCACUUCCUGUUGAGUGAAGGUUCCGUAUAUUCAUCAGAUCACACUUCGCUCUUAAGCAAAUGCAUCUGAGGCUGUCUGGGUAUGGAUAUAUUCUCCUGAUUCAUUUCUCAUAAGCCAACAAUUCAAUCUUUCUUUGGAAAAAUCUUAAGUGUCCCAUAAAAACAUGAGGUCGAUUUCAUGCCCACUUGUCGUCAUCUUCCUCUUCUCACUGCCAUGGAGACCGAACGGUAAUUUAACGGCAGGCGCAAAUAUCAAGAGGAACAAUGAGCAUAUCGCUGACCAUCAUAGGCUUAAACACACAACAGAACCGCAAUCAGGACUGAGGCACUACUCUCUUGGUGCUGAAAAAGAAAACGUGGUUUCACUUUCAAGAAGCAUGGAGACGCAACAUCUCACAGAAACAAGUGAACCAGAGCAUCAAGGCCUCCACGUGGGGACUUUCAGUGCUCACGUACUGAAUCAGAGGGGGAAGAGAGAUACAAAUGGCACAGGACAACACCUGCGAACCAAACCAACGGAAACUACGGAAAGGAUCCUCACACAACAGGCUAUCCUAAAUACUACAGAAUUUAUGUCAUCAAUUAAUUCAUCUGAAAAAGUUGUGGCACAACAGGUGAAUGCAACCAGAGGGCCUUUAGUUGCAACGCAAGACACAACACAGGAAAUACCCUUAAUAUUAAAUUCCACUACCCUCAGUAAUACUAUUCAGCCACGUGAAGCAGACCCGGAGAGCAACACAACCACUGCAAGUAGUGACCUUCAUACUGUACACCAAACACGGAAGGCUACAGUCCAGACUAACCAAGUGACUCACACCUCCACAGUAAGAUCUGUGACAGAUUUGAUCACAACCACACAAAGGGAAAUAAUCACAGAGAAACGGCCUACACCUACGAUCAAGCCAGUGGAGAAAACCACAACCACUCUGAAGACCACCAAAAAGAAAGUGGUCCCUCCACCUAAUAGCAACCAACAAAAGAGCCCAGGUACUAUUGUAGCAUCUAUAAUUUGCAGUACGUUGGCAUUAAUGUUCAUAGGGAUCAUAUACAUCUUGGUCCGGAAACGAAAAAUCCAGAAAAAGCAGCUGGAAAAUAAUGAGUGGGCCGGACCCUCGCCGUUUCUGGAUGGCGAAGUUCAACCUGACCUGCCGACUACGGCGGAGUCCGAGUCCGUCAACAGACGAGGCUUUGGCCAGAUCUCCAUUUCCAAAUACCUUCCCCAUCGACUAUCCAAACAUCUCACACUUCGGAGGGAUACAGACGAGGAAGUAUUCAUGGGGGAUAUACUGCAAGGAAGCACCUUUGGCAGACAGAAUCCGGACGAGGUCAAAGGUGCGAAUGGGGAACAAACACUGGUUCGAGACUUGCCAGAGACAGAAGAAAGUCAAAACCAUCAAGCUCCAGCUUCUGUUGACUCCACAGACACUAAAAUCCCAGCAGUCACGGUGGAUAUCAAAGAAUCAGGCGAACUGAAUGAUGAUCUCCCUAAAUCUUCACCUCAGGACCCUGUGGUUAAACCACUGCACCCUUUAGUGUCUAUAGAUCUUGAUUCGCUUUCAGAAGACAUAGCUCUUACGCAAAUAUCAAAUGUUGGGAAUGUUCCUCCUGCUCCACCACUGCCAUAAUCUCAAUCUAACAGACAAUCUUCACUGCUUACAAACCACUCAAAUGGAGAAAAUCAUCAGACUCAUAUUUAUAUUAAUAAUGACAACUAAGCAAACACAUAUGUUCUUGGAAACAACAUAUGAGGUUAGAUGCAAAAACCAACGCUGUGAAAGAUGAGAAUGAUAUCAAUCUAUAGCUCUCAGCACGUAUUAAACGUUUAUCAAAUACUUGCACUUCAAAUCUGCUUAACCUUGGCCUUAUGCCAUUCAGAAUUUUUUUUCUCAGACGCACUUCAACAUGUCCUUGUCGCACUUAAAUUGUUAUGUUUAAUCAACUUGAAAUUAAUUUAAUUUAAACUUUAUUGACUAGCGAGAGGCUGCUCGAAAUAAAUAAAAAAUAAAGUUGAAAUAACAUGCUAAUUCAACUUUUUUAAUAAUUUAUAGCAACUCCUUGGUAGUCAAGAAAGUUUAAAUGAAUUGUAAUUUCAAGUUGAUUAAAUAGUAAUAAUUAAAAAAGUGAUUAAAAAUGCAAAUGCAACAAGGAAUUUUAUACAGUCUGAGUAUUUUAUAAGUCAAAUAUUGCAACAGUUUAAUCCUUAAAUUUUUUAGGAAAGCUGAAAAAUGUCUCUUUGUAGUAAAAAUGCACUUUUGUUUUCCAAAUCUUGUGUGUUAAUAGAGCUGUGUGUGUAAGAAUUAACAUGUAAACACAGUAUGCAUAGCUAACAGUAUUUCAUUACUAUUUCACAUUGCUAAGCUGCAAGCUAUGAGGAGCUAUUAUCAACAUCAGAAUCAAUAUCACUAAAUCUGAUUCAAAGCAUAAAAAACACUGCAACUACUCAA